UCGGGCGAGUUGUAUACUGCACAUAAACUCGUGACUGGUAGGUCCACAGUAGGAGUGAUUCCAACCAAGGGUUUGAGGGUUUAACGAGAGCUCGAGAGAAAUUCCAAUGGAGCCAUCGCCGCAGCAGCCGAAGAAGAGAGGAAGACCAAGGAAGGACAAAAUCAAGGAAGAGAGAGAUAAAGAAGAAGCUACAGAGAGAAUGAAGGAGCGGACUCCUAAGAAACAUCCACCUGCCGCCGCUGACGAUAAGUACGAACAGUGGAAGACUCUUGUUCCGGUUAUCUAUGACUGGUUUGCAAGUCAUAACCUUGUCUGGCCUUCUCUUUCCUGCCGAUGGGGUUCGCAGUUUGAACAAGGGAACUUUAGAAACCGGCAGCGACUCUACCUUUCUGAACAGACUGAUGGAACUGUUCCAAAUACACUUGUCAUAGCUAAUUGUGAAGUUGUUAAAACAAGGGUAGCAGCUGCUGAGCACAUAGCGCAGUUCAAUGAAGAUUCACGCUCGCCUUUUGUAAAGAAGUUCAAAACCAUUAUACACCCAGGAGAGGUUAAUAGGAUCAGAGAGCUUCCGCAGUAUAAUAACAUAGUUGCUACACACACUGAUUGUCCUGAGGUUCUCAUUUGGGAUGUGGAAGCCCAACCUAACCGUCAUGCUGUACUAGGUGCUUCUGACUCUAAGCCAGAUCUGAUACUAACUGGACAUCAGGACAAUGCUGAAUUUGCUCUUGCUAUGUGUCCAACAGAGCCUUAUGUGCUUUCUGGAGGAAAGGAUAAAACUGUUAUUUUGUGGAGUAUUCAUGAUCAUAUAUCAGCAUCAACCUCCAAUGGAUCCUCGAACUCUCUAUCUGCUGGAUCAAUUCUGAAAACGACUGAUCCUUCAGUUGGACCACGUGGGAUAUUUCAAGGACAUACCGACACUGUUGAAGAUGUUCAGUUCUGUCCAUCAAGUGCACAAGAGUUCUGCAGUGUUGGUGAUGACUCUUGUCUGAUAUUAUGGGAUGCACGAGUUGGCUCUAGCCCUGUUGUCAAGGUUGAACAAGCACAUAAUGCAGAUCUUCACUGCGUUGACUGGAAUCCUCAUGAUGAUAACUUUAUUUUGACGGGGUCUGCAGAUCAUUCUGUUCGCAUGUUUGAUCGUCGUAAUCUUAUGUCUAAUGGAGUAGGAAGUCCUAUUCAUAAGUUUGAAGGGCACAAAGCUCCAGUUUUAUGUGUUCAGUGGUCUCCAAACAAACCAACAGUUUUUGGCAGUUCUGCGGAGGACGGUCUCUUGAAUAUAUGGGACUAUGAAAAGGUUGAUAAGACUAAAGAAGGGCCAAGGGCUCCAAAUGCUCCUCCAGGACUGUUUUUUCAGCAUGCAGGCCACAGGGACAAAGUUGUUGACUUCCACUGGAAUUCAGCUGAUCCGUGGACAAUUGUCAGUGUUUCCGAUGAUUGCGAUACAUCUGGUGGUGGUGGAACUCUCCAGAUAUGGCGCAUGAGCGAUUUAAUCUACCGACCUGAAGAUGAAGUUCUGGAUGAGCUAGAGAAGUUUAAAGCACAUGUGGUCGAAUGCUCUGCUGCUCCAAAGUCUUGAACAAUGCCCCGAUGAAAGGAUAAUUUACUGAGACAGUUGUUUUUGAUUUAGCGUUAUUUACUGUUGGUUGGUAAAUACUUUGUAGCAGGAUGGAUGGAUGAUGAGGUAUUUUCUCUGUUUCUGGUUUUUGUUUCUUCGUUGAAUGACUUGUAGACUGUUUGUUUCCAUGUAGCUUUUGUAGCUACAUUUUUUCAAAUCAACAUUUCCUAAAUUAUCUUUAAGUUUUCGCAU